UUGAGAUGUUGCAAGUGAUGGCAAUCUUCUUGGCCAGUACUUGUGGUUAGCCAUGCGUUUGUAGCAUACUCUCUUAAGUGUUCCUAUUCUAAUGUGCUGUAAAUUGUGUUUAUGUAAAAAAAUGGCUGUGAUGUAAUUGGGGACUCUCAAUGUGCUUAAGCUAUUAGUAGCAUGGAAGAAGUUUCUGAAGCAGCAUUUUGAAAACAGCCUUUCUCCAGAGCCUUAAGUAUUUAAUAAUUCCAUGCUGUGCCUUCUGAAUAACAAUACUUGUGUCUUGUAUGGGGUUCAUAACCUGUAUUUUACAGCUUAAUUUGGAUACCUGUUGUUCAUAGUUUUAUAAAAAUAAGUUCACAGUUGCGGGCUGCUUCCCUAGGCCCGUCAUUUGGUAUCUCAUCUCGGGUUCCACACAAAAGUAAAUAUUGAAUCAAGUGUAAAGAUUAACACUGUCAAUCACUUAAUAUAUAACUAGAGAUCAAUGUAUAAUAAAAAUAAAAUGUAUGUUUUGCAGGUUCAGGAAAACUCCCCAGCUCAACAAGGAGGACUGGAACCUUUCUUUGAUUUCAUCAUUGCCAUAGGACACACUAGGCUUAAUAAAGAAAACAAUAUGUUGAAAGAUCUGCUGAAGGCAAAUGCUGAAAAAGCAGUGAAGCUUGAGGUGUAUAAUAUCAAAACAAUGAAAAUAAGAGAGGUGGAGGUGAUCCCCAGUAACAUGUGGGGAGGACAAGGUCUUCUUGGAGCCAGCGUGAGGUUUUGCAGUUUCCAGGGAGCCAAUGAACACGUGUGGCAUGUUUUGGAUGUUGAACCUGCGUCUCCUGCAGCUCUCGCUGGUCUCCAGCCGUACACUGACUACAUAGUUGGAUCUGAUCAGAUUCUUCAGGAGUCAGAGGAUUUCUUUUCAUUGAUUGAAUCCCAUGAGGGGAAGCCGCUGAAGCUGAUGGUUUAUAGCACUGAAGCAGAUUCCAUUCGAGAGGUAGUUGUGACUCCCAAUGGAGCUUGGGGUGGAGAAGGAAGUUUAGGAUGUGGUAUUGGAUAUGGCUAUUUGCACAGAAUUCCAACCCAGUCUAUAAUAUCAAAGAAAAAGCCAGAAAGCAAACCACCCUCACCCUUACCAGAAGCUGGAAUUCCUGUAACAUCUACUAAUGGUUACACAGAGACUCCGUUAUUGGCACCCACUUCUGAGAGUGACAACUCUGAAAUAGUUAUGAACUUGGAUCAUUCCACAGAUCAAGAAAUGAGUGGUCAUUCACCAGAAGGCUCCCUUUCUCCUCCUCCCCCUCUCCAGAGAGUUAUGGAUCCAGGAUUUCUAGAUAUGUCUGGUAUUUCAUUUCCUGAACUCACUAACUUAACAAAAGCAUCCAGCAUGUCUUCAUCUUCCUCCUUCAACAUGCCAGCAGCAGAUGUUUUAGAAGGCACUGAAAAGUUAACGUUGAACAAUGACGCUUCUGCUUAUUUUGACAAUGCUCCAGCUUUGGACCCUGAAGAUGUAACUAUGUAUUCUGAAGGCUCAGUCAAGCAGCCCGAGUUGGACAACCUACUCCCUUCAGUUCCAUCGUUACCUUCUUUUGCUUUUCCUAAUGAAAUUUCUUCAGAAACAACACUAGGAACUGAUCUGGAUAACCAAGAAACAAAGCUGCUCUUAAACAGUAUUGAGAGCUCGUUAACCACUACUCUGGUGAAAGCAGAUGAUGAAGCAGCAUGUGAACAGAAAGAAGAAGCAGCUGCACAAGAUCAUGAGUGAAGUGAUGCUGCUUUUGUUUACAGACUGUCAUAUGCUGUAAUACUACAGCUUGGAAUAUUUUUCUGAUCUUGAAAGAAUUAGUUAUUCUAUUUUGUUAGCGUAGACAGUAUUCUAAAAGAAAUCACAUGAAAUACAUAUCCUAUUGUUUUUUCCAGUCAUUGUUUAAUGGAUUGAUCUGUGUUCAAACUUUGAAUGCUGUACAAAAAUCACCAAAUUAAUGGAGAAAUUAAUGCAGAAGCAAGUUGGAGACUGGCUAGAUGUCAAAUUCCUGAAUUUGUAUUUGCUUACAAAUGUUCUUGAAUGUAUUUAUGAAGGCACUCUGCCCGAACAGUGACACUUGGUGAUGAUUUUAUCAGGGUGAUUAAUGGCAUUAAAAAAAUAUUUAUGGUUUUGA